GAACAAGCAAGCAAGCAAGCAAGCAGAAGCUAAAGACAGUCGACAUAAAAAACAAAUCGAGAUGAAAAGUUUCAUCAUCAUAAUCAAACGAGAAUGGAGACUCCUCUCCUCUGUUUCCCCGUCUAAGAAGAAUUAAGUGUCAUUUCCAUGCAAAAGAAUAGUGAAAAGACAUCUGCAACAUCAACGGACGGCGUCUUGUCUCUGGAAAGAAAACCAGCCCCCCCCCCCCUCCCCCCCAAAAAAAACUGGCUCGGCAAUUUGAAUGGCAGACAACAUGGUGUGGACUGUAAAGAUUAGUGUUAUUCAUCUUGUUGUGUUUUCCAUCGUAUUGCUAUUAAUUGAAUGUCCAGUUUUCGAUGCGCUAACCGAGAAAAGACCAAAAGACAGACUUGACUCAUCAGGAUUUCAUGGGAUCAGACGCAAAAGGACGUCAGGACAGCCUUCGUCAUUCAUGACUGUCAUGAGGAUGCCGGGAACAAAUUGGUGUGGGCGAGGAUCUCGUGCCGAUCGUUUUGAGGAUCUUGGAGCAUUUGGAGCAGCGGAUCGAUGUUGCCGUCAACAUGACUUGGAAUGCCCGGCUCAUAUUCCACCCCUGGGCACAAAGUAUGGAUUGUACAAUUGGAGAGUCUACCCCAUGCUUCAUUGCUCUUGUGACAAUCGGUUUCGGAGCUGUUUAAAAAUGGCCAAUACGGCAAGUGCAGAUACGGUGGGUCGAAUGUUUUUCAAUGUGAUCCGAACUCAGUGUUUUACCUUGACCCAACAUCCCGUUUGCGUGGAACGAAGUUGGUGGGGCAACUGCAUACAAUACGAGGAACAACUUCAGGCUGUGAAUAAAGCUCCCAUUCCGUAUUAGUGGAACUGACGAAGACCCUACCUAUGGCGGAUGCCUUUCAUCAGAAUAUAUUUGAGGCGUUUGUUUA